AUGAAUGAGGCAAAGGAGGCUCUAAGAAACAUAGAGCAGAAGUACAAGCUCUUCCUGCAGCAGCAGUUUACGUUUAUCGGAGCACUGCAGCACACCCGAGAGAACGCACAUGACAUGAUCAGACCCGUGGCAAGCAUCAGCCAGGUACAGUCCUACAUGGACCAUCACUGUAACAACGCCACGGACAGGCGUAUCCUCACCAUGUUCCUCAACAUCUGUAAUGAUCUAAGCAAGCUCUGCCACAAGCUGGAAACCGUGCACUCUGGAAACACCGUAACCAAUGACAUUUUGGAGAGGUGCAAGCAGCUCCUCCGCCACAGCAACGAUCUGAGCGCCAUCAGAGCCAAAUACCCCCAUGACGUUGUGAAUCACCUGAGCUGUGAUGAAGCAAAGAAUCAUUAUGGAGGUGUGGUAAGCCUCAUCCCCAUCGUUCUAGACUGCAUGAAGGAGUGGGUAGCCCACAUUGAGAAGCUGCCACAGCGCACGCCGUAUAAUGUGAGUGGUGGAAGUGCUAUCUCUGAGAAGAGGGAACCCCAGGAUGCACCAGCUAGGGCAACCACUUCCCAAACACCACAUUCUGGGCAUCUUGAGACUCAAAUCUCAACUAGUAACAAAGAUAAUGUACAAGUGCAGGGGAACGAGCAUGUCUGGAAGAAGAACCUAAAUGACACAGAAAAACACAGUGGGAAACGUAAAGGUCCCUGGAAACCACCAGGCAGACACGCCUUUUAAAGAAUCAAGGUUCAUGCAUCUUCUGCUUCCCACCUUUAAUCAGGUGGCUGAUUCAAGACAGUGAAUGAAUAGUAGAGAUUCUGCCUGAGUCCACUUUGUGAAGAUUAGCCCUGCGAGCCAGCCUUGCACAGAUACAUGCCCUCCCUUGCUGAUGUUUCCACUCUCCUACUUAAAGAAGCCGUGCCCCAAGUGAAGUAGCUGUAACACUACAGCUGGUCCCUUUGACCAGUGCUGCGGUAGCAGGGGACAGGCAGGAGCAAUCAGGUUCCAAUCACUCAGAUAGAAAUCUUGGGCAAGCAACUUCAAACAGGAUUUUAAGCUUCCUCAGCCUUUUUUCUGAGGAGCACCCACUCACUGGCUGAAGCCGGAGGUGUAAAGAACCUACAUGUCUGAAGGUCAUGAUGCAGAGCAGCAAAAGCCUCUCCUUAUAGAUUCAGAUAUUUGUUUGAGAUUUAGACUUGUCCCUAAAGUCCCUUCACCCCCAUUGAAAUUGCCUGGUUAUUUGAUCAAAGAAUCAAAAUCUAUAGGACACUAAUGAUGUCUCCCUUACAUGCCACUGGCUACAGGAAAGGUCAGCACACUUUAGCUGCACUGACUGGGCUCUGCUGCAUCCUUCUUGCAGGACUGCUGCCUUCUCACACCCUUGCCAGCACACACCACUCACAACAUCUUCCCUUACACUCGUUUGACUCUUUUGCUGCCAGAGCUAGAGAUGUAAAGGAGGACAAACUUCAUUUUUCACUUAGUUUGGUGUACUGACAAUACCCAAACUUGAAUAAAACACCCCUGUCCUCCCCAGAGCUCCGUAAAGCCAACAAAGUCAUUUCUAGUCAAUAUGAUUCAUGGGAAUCUGGUGGGAGCAGAGAGACUGAGAAAGCUGUGGCCAUUUUCAGACCAUUCCUUUUCACGUUGCAAGUUAAAAUGUCUGUGCUUUCCCUUUUUCGAGAUGAGAAUCCAGCUUGCCUUGCUUUCAAGGAUGUUAGGAGGCUUAGUUCAUUUGAAACAGUCUCAUGCUGCUUUUAUACCAGCACUUUAUGAUCUCAGCACAGUGACUAGACCAGUGCAGAGCACAGCUUCAUUUCCAGUCUGCUUAGAGAGAGGCAGCAGAGUCCCAGGCUCUCCCCAUUUUCUGGAGCUGGUGUGCAUUUUUGGUGGUGCUUUUAUUCAAGCACUGUUAAGUACAGAACUUAAGAUUUCAAUAAUGUGGCGUGUCUUCCCUGUCUCUGACUGCUCUUUUCCCCUCACACAGGCAAAUUAGCUCCUGUCCUUUGCUUCUUGCUGGAAGACACUGCUGAAUAAACAACUUCCCCUUGCAUACCUGGCUCAGUUUGCUAAAAUUGUUAGAAAGCUUUUGCCUUAAGAUGACCAGAUUUUGGCAACAAGCAGCCAAAAAAGAAGGGAGAUUAAUACAGAGGAGGGAACACAGGAAGGAAUGUUAGCUCAGAUGAAAUGGGAAGUGUUUUCAGGAGCAUUUAUUUGUAUUCCUCACACAACCCCACCUUCUUUGGCACUUUUUUCCCCUUCCCCUGUCCACGCGUGCUGCAAUGCAAUACACCUAUCCAUGCUGCAGCAGAAGCCUAUCUUUAGGAGACAUCAUGAUCCAACUGAAUAGAACCUUGGUGAAUUCCAAAGGGUAAUGAAGCUCACCAGGGUCACACAGAGACACUCAGGCACUACUGGGGUCACAGCCAGCAAAAUGUGACCGUUGCCCUCUCAGGCUUUACUGGAGCACCCUGUUUCAGAGGCAGCUUCAGGCAGCGAAAUCGAAGUUGGUUGCAGCUGCCCUGUUGUGUUUCAUGGUGCAAAGACAAGUGUCUGAUGACAGCUGCUGUCUUGGGAAGCUUUUCAGAACAAGUACACACUGCGUGGACACUUGGGGACACAAGAGACGCUAUUCCCAGAUCUUGUUUCCGACCUUCCUCACCCUGUUGUAUGGUUUAAAUUUGAACACACAGGCUCUGAUGAGGCCAAAAUUAUCCUCCAGUUUGUAAUUCACUUCCAGCUUUCCCAGCACAGCACAAAUUACUUGUCAGGAUGGUCCCAUCAAACCCUGUCCACCACCUCCUCACCCUGCUCUUCAAAAUGCCAACGCAGGUGUCCAUUUGUACUUCACCAAGGUAGCGACACAUGCAAGAAACACAGUUCCCAAACCUUAAUAAAAUUUCUGCCCUGGCCUUAUCCUUUCAAACAGUCUUAAGAGGCAAAAUUUUAAGACAUAAGCAGAAAAAUGAGAGCAUAAAACUUGCAGUCUGAGGCUUGGUAAUGACAUGACCAGAAUCUGCUGGAAGACUGCAAAGUUAAGUCUCACAAAAACAUCUAGACAAAUUACUUAAUUUCCAUACAAGUUCUCCUCUUCCAGAGUGGAUGGACACUUCAAAAGACAAAAAGGUACAGCAAGAAUUGUUUUUCUCUAUUACAAAUCAAGCUGUUUGAAGAAUUUACAUAAACAGGAUGUAAAUGCCAAACACAGAAGUGCAAUAAAGUUUUAGUUUAGCCUCCGUGAGCAUAAAAUUCCAAGAUACACACUGAGAAACCAGGCAGGGCACCAAAGUGACUUACCUAGAGAUCUGUCAGGUAGGCCAGGAAAUAAAUGCUGCUUUUUCGUUCAAAGACUGAAAUAGCAAUAGGGGCUGCUAGUAGAUGAUCUCAACAGAAACCAGGCAUCUCCAGGCUAUAAAUUACCUCUGUGCUCCCCUUGAUUCAGCCAAGGGUCAAAAUCAGGCUUUGCUCAGCCUGUAACCAGACCAAAGUACCCUCCACGUUACACACCUGGUCCUAGGAUCUCCCAGACAGAGCAGGGGGGGUUUGGCUCAGACCCCAGGGAGUGAAGAUCAAUUGUUGGAAGUGGUGGGGGGCUCUUAGGGAAUGAGAAGGGGCGAUUAAAGGGAGAAGGGAAACUCAGCAUCCCAAAAAUCUGUCAUUAAAACCAAUGUAGAGCAAAGUGGUGGCUUCGUGGGGCCUCUAGUGGCCGCAGGCGGGAAGCAGUGGGGCGAGGGAUGGGGCGAGUGGGGCCAGGGCUCCCCGCACCCUCACAUUACCAGCCAGAGGGCAAAGGCUCUUAAAAGCCAUUUUUAACAGGUUCCAACAAUUCAGCCCCAAAUCGAGAGGGGGGUUUGAGGUUUGUGCACAGGCUGCGGCCCCACAAAUCCCCCAGGAGACAGGGGUGGCUGUGGGACCAACCACCCCCCACCGCUGGGAUUUCAGGAGUGCAAUGGGUUGUCCCUGUUCUCACCAGCCCGGUCGGUCAGGUCACCACUCUAUUAACACACCGUGACCAGCAGGAUGGCUCUGAACUCACUGGGUGGUGGUGGUGCAGCACCAGUUUGAACUGGGCUUUCAGCCGGGUGAAAACCAAGCAGCAGCCACCGCCGAGACAGAGCACGGAGCACUUGGAAGAGCCCAUAAAUAGUUUGGCAGCCAUUAAAGAUCAGCCACCGAGU